CAGCUGACUUACAACAUUUAUCCUGCUUCACAGUGAAGUCACUGCUGACUCCUCUUCAGCCAGCUCUUAUGUGAUGGAUUUGGGAAGUAGGGUGGCUCAGAGAGAGAGAGAGAAAAAAGAGAGAGAGAGCUAGACAAGGAGGGAGGGGGAGAGAGACUUUUGCACAGCUUGCCUACCUUGUUACUCCUGUGCCAGCUCCAGCAUGCAUGUCUGCCUAUCUGUUGAUUUGUGAAUUUGUGUCUGAAUGCACAUCAUACUUUGAUCUCUCAUCUAGCAGCUCAUCGAGAGGACACAGCCAGCCUUCAUUCUGGAGGGACAGGCCCCACUCGAGCCCACCAGGGGGGAUGGAGGAGGCAGAGAGACCCUCAGCCCUGCUUCUGCUGCACUGCUGACUCAGGCAGAAACUCCUGCACGCUGGCAGAGUGAGAGCCUGCUGGCAGAGUCCUGGUCCACAAUGGGCGAUGUAGACCCCGAGGACACCAAGAGCCUCGACAGCAGUGACGGGGCACUUCUGACAGGGGAGGAGAACCACUCCUCCAACUCUGACAUGGUCCAUCUGGAGCGGGACGAGGCUGAGAUGCUUGAGGAGGCAGAGAAGAAAGGGAAGCGAGCAGAGGAAGAGGAGGAAGAAGAUGAGGAGAUGCAAACAAGUAUGUUAAGUGUGUUGGGUGGAGAGAGGGAGCUGGUGGCACUCAGGGAAGAGGAGCAGGACCUCCAGGCCCCAGAAACUCAGGAGCUCCUGGUGUCAGCAGAGGAGCCUUAUAUGGAGUGUGAGCCAGGAGAGUUCAGGCAUGUGGUUCCCCCGAUGGCCCUGCCUCCUCUGCCUAUUGUUAAGCUCGACCCCCCCUCCACAACAUCCACCCCAGUCCCUUCAACCACAACAUCUGAAGUAGAGGAGCUGUAUUCCAUUCAGGGCCUCCACCCUCCUUCUAUUCUAGCACCAAUUGCACCGGAGCCUCCAGCAGCAAGUGUCAAGCAACAACAGUUUUCACAGAUCCCCCUCACAGACGUGGAUAAACAUUCAGUUAAGGAGCCUGCAGAGAAGCUGCAGCCACGGCCAACUGCUCCCAAGACCAAACCUCUGAGCUCCACCGAGCUGCUUUAUGGAGGCGCUGCAUUAGUAGCAGUUGUGGGAGUGGUGGCAUAUAGUGCAGUGGUGUACUGCAGAAAGUAGAAAACCUCUCUCUGAAUCCCCCAAACCACCUUUCACCACAUUUUUUCUCUUGUUUUUAAAUCUAUUCCAAACUAAAUAUUCCACCACAUCACUAUCCAAAUAAUGGAUUUUACUCUCUAACGCUGUUUGCUAAUUAGACACACUGAUCUGAUGUUUUUUAAUUCGUUUUGUGCUACCUCAGCUCACAGCAGAGCUUAUGGCCUUUGUUUUUCUGUUUGAUCUCUGAGGAAAUGUAUCCAAUAAAAUGUAACCUGAAAUACACAAAUCACUUUAAGUGCAAUUUUAAACUUCCCCAUACUUGAAGGGUU